CUUGCUCGGCCUUGGCGCUUCUUGGGCCGAGCCCUCGCUGGUCCGUCCGGAACGCCGCCGCCACCACCACCUCCUCCUCCCUCCUUCCUGCUUUUGGGUUUGAUCAAGAUACUCUUUCUCAGCAUGGGUGAACCAAAGAGCAAUGACAAUGCAAUGGUGCAUGAUGGGGAGAUGACUGUCAGUAACAAGAUGAUCAGUAGCAGUGAAAUUGUUCAUUACCGUGAGAUGCUCCAUGGUGACAUUAUGGUUCAAGAGAGCGAGAUAGUCCAUGGUGACGAGAUGGUGAUCAAUGGUAAUGAGAUGGUCCACGGUAAUGAGAUGAUCCACAGUAGUGAGAUGGUCCACGGUAAUGGGAUGGUCCAUGGUAGUGAGAUGAUCCACAGUAAUGAGAUGGUUCAAGUUAAUGCCAUGAUCCAUAGUAAUGAGAUGGCUCAAGUUAACAACAUGGUCAAUGGUGAUGAGAUGGCCCAUGGUAAUCCAUUGGUCUGUGCUGGUGUGAGCCCACCAACCUCAUCAAGACGCCGGAAAAAGAAGUCACCAGUCUGGGAGCACUUCACCAUUCAACAUGUGCCUGGGGAUAAGAGAUGCCGAAUUGCAUGCUGCAACCUAUGCAAGGGAACCUUUGCAUAUAGUUCUGGCGCAAAAAUUGCAGGUACUAGUCAUCUCAAAAGGCACAUUAUACAGGGUUCAUGUCCUGUUAUCAAAAACCAAGAGAGGGAACUGGCAUUGCCUUUAGCAGAAGUGGCUGACAAUGAUGGUGAGGGUACCAUAGAACGCCCUUCUAAGAGGCGUUACAGGCGAAAUGGCUCUGCAAACGCUACAUUUGAUCAAGAACGUAGCAGCUUGUAUCUGGCAAAGCUCAUCAUUUUGCAUGACUACCCACUUCAUAUUGUUCAACAGCCAGCCUUCAGCGCUCUUAUUGGUAGUCUGCAACCGUGUUUCAAGUUGUCAGACGUUGAUGCAAUGGAGGGAGAAGUGUAUGCUGUUUAUCUGAAAGAAAAACACAACCUACUGCAAGCAUUAAGCACUAUGCCUGGAAGGAUGAGCCUCACCGUAGGAUUAUGGAUAACUAGUCAGACUCUUGGCUAUGUGUCAAUUGCGGGGCAGUUUAUUGACACGGAGUGGAGAGUGCAUCGAAGAGUGCUUAAUUUCAUGAUGGUUGCUUCUCCUCAUUCGCAGGAUGCACUUGCUGAAGCUAUCAGCAGAAGCCUUUUUGACUGGGGCAUGAGGGAGAAGCUACUCGCCAUCACAUUGGAUAACGAUUGCCCAUCUCAUGAUAUCUACAGUGCAAACCUGAGAGAUCAUCUUUCCAAUAAGAACGGCGUCAUGCUUAAGGGCCAGCUAUUUGUUGUAAGGUGCUAUGCACAUAUCCUGAAUGCAGCUGCACAGGAUGUGAUAGCUUCAGUCCAUGGCGUCAUCUCUGGUAUCCGUGAAAGCAUAAAGUUCAUAAAAGCCUCUGAUAGUCACGACGAAAAGUUUGCUGAGAUUGCUCUGCAGCUGGAGAUCCCUGGUACCAAGACCCUUUGUCUGGAUGUUACAACCCAGUGGGACACCACCUAUCUGAUGCUCUUGGCUGCCCUGGAUUAUAGGCAGGCUUUCACUAUACUAGAAACAUGUGAUGAUAACUAUAAUGAAGCACCUUCAGCCGAGGACUGGAAAAAAGUUGAGGCUGCCAGCAAUUAUUUGAAGCUGCUCUAUGACUCCGCUCAUAGCGUCAUGGCAGUAGAGAACCCAACUUCAGACAUCUUUUUCCAUGAAGCCUGGAAACUUCAGCUAGAGCUGGCAAAUGCCGCAGCACAUGAAGAUCCAGUUGUCAGCAGCAUUGCUAGAGAUGUGCACGAGAGUUUUGACAAAUACUGGAAAGAUUGCAACCUCGUGUUAGCCGUCGCUGUUGUGAUGGAUCCGCGUUUUAAGAUGAAGCUUGUUGAGUUCAGUUACUCGAAAAUUUAUGGUGUUGAGGCAGCAAAGUAUGUUAAGGUGGUGAAUGAUUCAGCGCAUGAGCUUUACAAGGAGUAUGUAGCACAGCCACCGGUCUAUGUUGAACAAUCCGCCAGCGGGAACAAUACUCAAACAACUCCACCUUCCACCGGUGAUGGUCUUCAAGACUUCGACAUGUAUCUUUCCGAGAUUGCUACAACCCAGCCCUCAAAAUCUGAACUGGAGCAGUACCUGGAAGAAUCCCUGACGCCACGUAGUAUCCAAGAGUUUGACAUUCUCAACUGGUGGAAGCUUAACACGCUCAGGUUUCCAACACUCUCGAAGAUGGCACGUGAUGUCUUGGCCAUUCCGGUGUCCACAGUGACCACGGUUGGCUCUAUAUUUUCCGCAGUAACAGGAAGCCGCAUGCUCGAUGACUAUAGAAGCUCGCUUCGUCCUGAAAUCGUGGAGGCACUUGUUUGCGCCAAAGACUGGCUUCCACAUUCACCGCCUGCCUCGCAGACACCGACUCCUGCAAUGCAGUAGGUCCUGCUGAAGCAUGCAUUCGUGAUAUGAUCUCGUAACUGUAGGCUUGUUUCAGGGAGAGUUUGUGAAUUGGCUGGUGGUCUGUUUCAGCAAUUCUGUUUGUCCCCAGGUAGAACUUAACUAGCGGAGUUAUUCUAUCGACAUGAGAAUUUGUUGUUUUCAUGUGCUUUACAACAUUUACUUCAACAUGGUUAUUUUUAGUUAUUUAUGUGUUUUCUCUCGAGAUGCA